AUGGCGUUGACAUAUCAGCAGUCGAAGCUGGUGAAGAACACGGUCCCGGCCCUGCGGGAGCACGGCGAGAGGAUCACCUCGCUCUUCUACAACAGCAUGCUCCGGGACCACCCGGAGCUCAACAACUACUUCAACACGGUCAACCAGAAGAACGGCCGGCAGCCGCGCGCCCUGACCGCCGUCAUCCUGCAGUUCGCCUCCAACAUCAUGCACAUCAGCGAGCUCAUCCCCAAGCUCGAGCGCAUGUGCAACAAGCACUGCUCCCUCGGCAUCCAGCCCGAGCACUACGGCAUCGUCGGCAAGUACCUCAUCCAGGCCUUCGCCGAGGUGCUCGGCCCGGACAUGACCCCGGACGUCCGCGCCGCCUGGACCGCCGCCUACUGGGUCCUCGCCAAGAUGAUGAUCGGCCGCGAGACCCAGCUGUACAAGAACUUUGACCGCUGGGUCGGCUGGCGCAAGUUCAAGAUCGACCGCAAGGUCGCCGAGGCCGACGACAUGUACUCGUUCUACCUCGUCCCCGUCGACGGCCGGCCCCUGCCCUCCUUCCUGCCGGGCCAGUACGUCUCGCUGCAGAUCCACGUGCCCGACAUCGGCUACGACCAGAGCCGCCAGUUCUCGCUGAGCGAGGCGCCCCGGCCCGACUACUACCGCAUCUGCGUCAAGCGCGACCAGGGCAUGGUCUACCGCAACUCGGUCGCCACGAGCUACAUCAACCCGGGCAUCCUGACCAACGAGCUCAUCGACCACUACCACCCGGGCGACACCGUCGACCUGUCCCACCCGGCCGGCGAGUUCUUCCUCGACACCAACAACACCUCGAGCGUGCCCGUCGUGCUCGUCUCCGCCGGCGUCGGCGUCGCGCCCAUGGUCUCCAUCCUCAACACCAUCGCCGCCACCCAGCCGGGCCGCCAGAUCUCGUGGGUCCACGGCUCGCGCCGCACCGUGCCCUUCGACGAGCACCUCCGGAGCCUCCGGCGCCGGUUCCCGGACAGCCUGCGCACCAACAUCUUCAAGACGGACCUGGCCGGCAGCGACCUCGCGGGCGUGCACUACGACUUUGACGAGCGCGUCGACCUCGCCAAGGUCAAGCGCGAGGACCUGUUCCUCGAGCACGGCGGCACCGAGUACUACAUCUGCGGGCCCGAGCAGUUCAUGCUCGAGAUGGCCGAGUACAUCCGCGACCAGGGCGUCGACCUGCACCGUGUCAAGUUCGAGUUGUUUAGCACCGGGACGUUUGCCUCCACUAUGAAGUGA